AUGCCAAAUUUCACCAUCCACCCCCCAACGCCAGCCCACGCAACACUAAGCUACCCAUCCCCACACGUCCUCCUCGUCACUCUAAGCCGACCCCGCGACCUAAACUGCAUCAACGCCCAAGGCCACGCAGACCUCCACUCAGUCUGGGAAUGGCUAGACGAAGAGCCCAGUCUCCGCGUCGGCGUUCUAACAGGACAAGGACGGGCGUUUUGCGCAGGUGCCGAUCUAAAAGAAUGGAACACGCGCGCCUCAUCAUCGAAAACCACACCGAUGCCCAAUAGUGGAUUUGGAGGACUUGCACGGCGCAAGGGCAAGAAACCCGUUAUCUGCGCCGUGAACGGCAUCUGUCUUGGCGGGGGUGCGGAGAUGAUCAUUAACUCCGAUAUUGUGAUUGCGUGGACUGGGGCGGUUUUCGGAUUGCCGGAGGUGAAGAGGGGGGUUGUUGCGCUUGCGGGGGCAUUGCCUCGGCUUGUGAGGACUGUUGGCAAGCAGCGGGCUAUGGAGAUGGCGUUGACGGGGCGGAUGGUUGGAGCGGUUGAGGCGGAGAAGUGGGGGCUUGUGAAUUCGUUGGUUGAUGUUGGUAAGGUGGAGAAGGGGGAGGCUGGGCAGGAGGUUGUUGCUAAGGCUGUUGUUGGCAAGGCUUUGGAGGUUGCGGCUGAGAUUGCGGGGAAUAGUCCUGAUGCGGUGCUUGUUAGUCGGGAGGGGCUGAAGUUGGGUUGGGAGGGGAUUGGGGCUGAUGAGGCGACGGUUAUGUUGAAUGAGACUUGGGUUAAGAGGUUGUAUGAGGGGGAGAAUAUUAAGGAAGGGUUGAAGGCUUUCGUGGAGAAGAGGAAGCCCGCUUGGGCUGAUAGUAAGCUGUGA